UCAUCACAUCAGGACCGCUGUGCCAUAAAUAAUGGCAGUGUUGUUUGUUAUUUAUGAAUCGACAAACUCCAGAAUGAAUCAAAUCAGUUGAUCAUCAUCUCAUCAUCAUCGUGUCUCUCGUCCUCGAUCCCAUAAACCCCAGCACCAUUACAAACUUUCUACACUGUUUGUUGAUUUGAAAGAGAAAGCAGUGUCUCCCUCUCUCUCUCUUAUCAAUCAAUAUUUUGUGUUAUUCUCCAAACCCUAAUUCCAUCCAAUUCUACAAUUUUCUUCAAUUCAAACUGAAACACACACAUAUAUACAGAGAUAUGGUUGAUGUAGCAGACAAAUUAGCUUAUUUUCAAGCAAUCACAGGCCUCGAAGACCCUGAUUUGUGCACCGAAAUCCUCUCCGCCCAUGGUUGGGACCUCGAACAAGCCAUCUCCAGUUUCACCUCCGCCGACAACAAUCCCUCCGCCUCUUCCACCACCACCACCACCUCCGCAGCAACCACCGCCCAAUCCAACACAGAAGGAACAGGACUAGUCGCUCGCGGCCCUUCUCCUCCUGGCUUGGCAUGGAAGCUCAUCACUCUCCCUUUCUCCAUCAUUUCUGGUAGCCUAGGGUUGAUUUCUGGCGCAAUUGGUCUCGGCAUGUGGGCCGCUAGUGGUGUCCUCUCCUAUUCUCUUAGCAUGAUUGGAUUGAAUUCGAGUCGUAUUGGCAAUUCUUCUUCUUCGGCUCCGUUGGUUUCGGUAUCGGCUUCUGCGUCCGAGGCGAUGGGUUUUGUGGAUGGUUUCGAGAGGGAUUAUGGGGCUACUCGUCCGAAUUUCGUUGCGGAAGGGUUUAUGGAUGCUUUAAAUCGGUCGCGACAUGCGUUUAAACUGUUGUUUGUGUAUUUGCACUCGCCUGAUCAUCCCGAUACGCCUUUGUUUUGUGAGAGGACUUUGUGUUCUGAAUUAUUGGCAGCAUUUGUGAACGAGAAUUUCGUUGCGUGGGGAGGGAGUAUUCGGGCUAGUGAGGGUUUCAAGAUGAGUAACAGCUUGAAGGCCUCAAGGUUUCCUUUUUGUGCUGUGGUUAUGGCUGCCACGAAUCAGAGGAUUGCCCUACUUCAGCAGGUUGAGGGGCCCAAAUCUCCUGAGGAGAUGCUGACAAUAUUGCAGAAAGUGCUUGAAGAAAGUGCCCCUGUUCUUGUUGCUGCGAGGCUUGAUGCAGAAGAAAGAAGAACCAACCUGCGUUUGAGGGAGGAACAAGAUGCUGCUUAUCGAGCAGCGCUUGAAGCUGAUCAAGCUAGGGAACGCCAGAGGAAAGAAGAGCAAGAACAGCUGGCAAGGGAAGCUGCUGAAGCUGAAAGGAAGCAGAAGGAAGAAGAAGAGGCUCGUGAAAGAGCGGCACGUGAUGCUGCUGAGAAAGAAGCUGCAUUAGCUAGAAUGCGGGAGGAGAAAGCCCUUUCACUUGGAGCUGAACCUGAGAAAGGACCUGAUGUUACUCAAGUUUUGGUGCGGUUCCCAACUGGAGAGCGCAAGGAAAGGAGGUUCCAAAGUACUGCAACAAUUCAGUCUCUGUAUGACUAUGUUGAUUCGUUGGGUUGCUUAGAAGUCAAAAGUUACAGUCUUGUGUCCAAUUUUCCCCGUGUUGUCUAUGGCCCAGAAAAGCUCUCUAUGUCCCUGAAAGAAGCAGGAUUGCAUCCACAGGCCAGCCUUUUUGUGGAGUUCAACUCUUGAGUGGCAACAUCUCUUGCACAAACUUGAAUUUGUAAGCUUAAAUUCAUUCGAGUAGUCUGAGAUUGAACCCCACUAGUCGGAUGUUUUGUGUUGACUUGAUUAUAUUUCAAACUGAUUUAGUAAAUGACACAAUGAGAGAACAUUCUUGGAUGUGCCUAACAUGUGGAUGCCAGAUCUUUUGUGCUGCAGAUUCGAGUGAACAAACGAUCCGAGUAGAGAAUUUGUUUUAAAUAAAUAUAUUGUCCUAAAAAAUGAUUCCAAAAGAAACUAUGAGUGCAUUUAUUAUUGAUUGAUCUAUGCUACAGCGGGAUUUUGUUUCU